CCGCACAACGCCAGAAUUACCCGGUGACAGUCAGAGAAAGAAGACCUACGAGAACACUUGUGGAUUUAUUCGCUUUUAUAUAGGAAAGUAUCUACAGUUCGUUCUGGAUAUUACGUGCAAAAUGACUUUUGAGGAACUAAAUGGAGAUUGCUCUGUCGAAAGGAUGGAUUCAGUUUCUAAAGCUCUGGAGGAGGUCCUGCGCUCUGCAUUACCUCAGGGAUGUAUUACAGUCGGGGUCUACGAGGCUGCAAAGUCACUCAAUGUGGAUCCUGAUAAUGUGGUGUUGUGCAUCCUGGCCACUGAUGAUGAUGAUGAUGAUGUGAAGGAUGUGGCGCUUCAGAUUCACUUCACUCUCAUUCAAGCUUUCUGCUGCGAGAACGACAUCAAUAUCCUGCGCGUGAACAACACGCGCCGGCUCGCGCACAUUCUCGGGGGCGCGGGUAUGCACGGGAGCGAGCAGAUCGACCUGCACUGCAUUCUGGUCACUGUUCCCCAUGCAUCCACAUGGAAAAACCCAGCUCUGGGAAAAGUGAAGCACUUCUGCAGAGAGAGUCGAUGUAUGGAUCAGUGGGUGCCCAUUAUUAACCUUCCGGAACGAUGAAGACUGCUUAAACCAUUAGGAAAUCCCAUGGAUAUAAAAUCCAAACAAAAAGUUUAAAAGCUAAAAAAGAUGGUCACAAAAAGGACUGAUAGUCCACACUGGCCUGAAAUAGGGACUAAUCUGGAGAAGGAAAACCCUUUUGCAAUCUGAGAUGAUUCAGCAGUUUUUGGCUUUGCUUGUGGGACAUUGUGAGGAUGUCAUAUGAAGCUAAUUGUGAAUGCAAGUGAGCACCUGACUAUCUUGUGACAUAGACGGUUGGGUGGCAUAAAACACUUCAGUUAUUUACCGGAUAACACAAAACAAUGGAUAUUUGGAAACCUGCUGCCCUGAUUUAAGAACUAUUCUUUGUACCUUUGCCAUCAUUUUGAAUAGUACAUUAAUAUAUUAAUACUUGUAUUGUAUGAAUGUGGGGGAUAACUCUUCUAAAGGGACUUGCUUCUAAACCACUGAGAUGAGAUCUAUGCAUUUACAGUGUCCUGUGAGAACUGUUUUUUACUGAAGUUAAUUGUUCUUUUGUGGUCUUUAAAUUAUUCAUAUAUAAUAUUAAUUUAAAAAGUAGUAUUUAUGUGAAAACUUUUUAUACUAUUAUAUACAAACGUGAAAUGCUACAGAUGUAUUUUGUG